AUGAGAGAUAAUGCUAAAAAGAAUCUUUUAAACAGUCCUGCUAAAAUCGAGAGAAGGAAACAACAACUGGAUUCUGCAAUUAAAGAACUGGAAUUAAAGAUGGAAGAGCCCGAUAAGUCAAUUGAAGAUAUUCUUGCAUUUAAUGAUGACAACUGGAAAACAAACUGCUACGGAAGAAACUUCACUUCAUUUGCAAUAAUUGACGAUUCAGUUGACAAAAUGAUGUCAGAAAAAAGGUCAGAAUUAGAGGAUUUUAUUGGCACAGUUUUCCAGGAAACUUAUGGUAAAUUUUAUCCAGAAAGAGUCAUUGAAGAAAAAGAGAUGUUGAAAUCGAUACAAGUGAAGGAAAUAAACACUGAAGUUGAAUUUCUAAUGGAUAUUGUGUGCGCACCUAGAGGUGCGAUGAUCUUUAGUGCACAAAAUAAUGCAUCAUUAUUCCGAAUCGAACGUGAAAGAAAAUCAGUGUUACCGUGUUUGGGAUAUAACCCAGAAUACAUUGCCAUUUCGCCGUCCUCAGAUGUACUUUUGUUUACCUCUCUGAAGGACUUGUUUAAAACAACCAUCGCUGGAAAUAUGAAACCAGAAAAGUUCGGCAAAUUAGAUUCUUUUUGGGACUUAAAUGGAUUAACAUUUUCAGACAACGAACAUGUUUACUUGUGUUUAAAAAGUGAAAAAGAAAAAAGGGGAGCAGUCGUGUGUCUUAAUAUGAGUGGAGACAAUGUGGGUGAAUAUUUCCAAAACAAAAAGGGAGAUAAUCUUUUUGUUAACCCCAUUUACAUUGCAGAAAACAAAAUGAGCGAUUGCGACAUAUGUGUAUCAGAUAAUUAUUCAGAGGUGCGUUGCAUUAAAAAAAACAAAGAAAAAAGAUUUGUUUACAAAGGAGUGGGAAAAGAAGAUUUAAAUCUACGCGGUAUUGACUGUGAUCGCUAUGGAAACAUAAUUGUUUCUGAUUUCAGAAACAACAAUCUCCAUAUCGUUAAUAAGCGUGGAAUCUGUAUACGCCGUGUUGGUGAAGAUUCUUUGUGUAAGCCAACUGGGUUAUGCAUCGACCUGCAAGGAAACAUAUGGGUAGCCGAAUAUGAAGGUGGAAAAAUUAAAGUGAUUGAGAAAUGUGCGGAACAUAUAAUCAGUAGAUAA